AUGUUUGGCAAUAAUAGGCCAAUGUUUGGAGGGAGCAACCUUUCCUUCGGAUCAAAUACUUCAUCAUUUGGUGGACAACAAUCGCAACAACCAAACUCUCUUUUUGGCAAUAACAACAAUAGUAACAAUACAACCAGCAACAAUGCUCAAUCAGGAUUCGGUGGGUUCAACUCUAACACUAGCAAUAAUAAUAACAGUUUAUUUGGAAAUAACACUGCGCAGAACAAUGGAGGUUUUGGCCAAACAAUGGGUUCCGCUCAAAACUCACCAUUUGGCUCUUUAAAUUCUUCAAAUACUAAUAAUGGGAACACUUUUGGAGGGCCCAACUCAAUUAGCUCUUUUGGUGGCAACACUAAUAACGCUUUUAAUAAUAAUAAUAAUAACAAUACUAACAGUACUAGCUCUCCCUUUGGCUUGAAUAAACCGAGUACCGGAGGAUCGUUGUUUGGCUCGCAGAACAAUAAUAGUGGAAGUAAUUCUAGUUUAUUUGGCGGGCAAAAUUCAAGUACUACUGGAACGUUCGGGAACACCGGAAGUAGUUUUGGAACGGGUUUGAAUAGCAAUGGCUCCAACAUGUUUGGCGCAGGAAACAAUCCAACAAACAAUUCAACAAACAAUACUGCUGGUGGCAUGUUUGGUAAUCAACAAUCCUCAGCUUUUGGAACAAGCAAUCAGCAAGGAGGUUUAUUUGGACAACAAUCUCAGAACACUAAUAACGCAUUUGGUACUCAAAGCCAACUCGGGGGGAGUACUUUUGGAUCAAAACCUGUUGGUUCAGGAUCAUUAUUUGGUCAAGGAAGCAACACUCUUGGUAAUACAAAUAAUAAUAGCAAUGGAUUGUUUGGUCAAAGCAAUGCCGGUAACCAGACCAAUCCUAGUGGUGGACUCUUUGGACAAAAUUCAACGAACGGCAACGCUCAAGGAAUCUUUGGUCAAAAUAAUAACCAGAUGCAAAUGAAUGGAAACAAUAACAAUAGUUUAUACGGAAAGGCAAACACUACUGCUAGUUUCGGUCAGCAACCAAACAACAAUUCUGGAUCUCUCUUCGGAAAUAAGCCAUCUGGUGGUAGCUUAUUUAGUCAACAGGGUUCUACUAUAAAUACCUUUUCAAAUUCUUCAUCGGGAGGUCUGUUUGGCCAAAACAAUCAACCGCAAGGGUCUGGGCUAUUUGGUCAAAAUUCACAGACAAGCAAUAGUGGUGGGCUUUUUGGACAGAGCAACCAACAACAGCAGCCUAACACUUUCAAUCAAACUAAUACUGGAACAGGGAUAGUAGGUCAAAAUAAUAACCAACAGCAAUCAACAGGUUUGUUUGGCAACAAAUCGGCAGGCACUGCAGGAUCUCUCUUUGGAGGCAAUUCUUCAGCUCAACCAAGCUCGAUUUUUGGCACUAGCAACGCACCUAUUCCAAAUACACAAUCACAACAAGGUGGUAAUAUUUUUGGCGCAACCAAGCCGGCAACAAUGCCUUUUGGAGGAAAUCCCAUUGCUAACCAGGCAGGAGGUGGGAAUAAUCUGUUUGGAGCUAAACCCGCCUCCACUAAUGGUUCAUUAUUUGGAAAUAACACAUCUUCUACCGCAGUACCCUCGACAAGUGGAUUAUUCGGCAAUACCGCUAUAAAUACGAGUAGCAAUACAAAUACGGGACUUUUCGGUUCAAAGCCCGAAUCCCAGCCAAAACCUGCAUUGGGAGGAGGUUUGUUUAAUAAUUCAAACUCCAACUCUUCCACAAUUGGUCAAAACAAACCAGCUUUUGGAGGCACAAAUCAAAAUACUGGACUCUUUGGUGCUACUAGCGCAAACUCUUCAACUGCUGCUUCAACUGGAGGACUUUUUGGCCAGAAUAAUAACAAGCUUAACGUUGGUCCACAAAAUGUACCAUUUGUUAACAAUACCUCUCAAAAUUCUCUCUUGGGUUCAACAGGAGAGUCUUCUUCACAGCAAACAACCGCAACUAGUGAACAGCUUUUUUCUAAGAUUUCAAUUCCCAACUCUAUUACUAAUCCAGUUAAGGCAACUGCCUCAAAACUGAAUGCCGAUACAAAAAGAAAUAAUAGUCUCACGAGUGCUUACAGGUUAGUCCCAAAACCAUUAUUUGUCCACUCUUCUGGCAGUGCUACUAAAUUUCAAAAAUGGGGGAAGACAACAGAAGGAAAUGUUGGAGGAAACAGUACUAGCAACUCUUUUGUGGAUCCAGAAUCCAACCACUACAUUUCGAACGACUUAUUGUUCUAUCCGGAAAGAAGGUAUUUAAAGCAUUUAGUGAUUAAAAACAAUAAAAACAUGAAUGUCAUAAAUACUAACAGCGAUGAAGCAAGUAAAGUUAAAUUGGUGAAAUUUACAACCGAAUCUGCCUUUAAAGACAAUCAAUCCACUUCAAACUCGGCUGCUCCAACCUUGGCUGACAAGACUCACUCUCCUCAGGCCUCUCAAAGAGAAAGUCAUGAUGAAAGUACUUCUCAUUUACAGUCGAAACCCUCAAAUGAUUCAGCCGCUAUACCAAUGGUUGAAAAUGAAAAAAUUGACACCAAAAUUCCUGGUCUAUUAAGCGAUGACUUUACUUUUUUUCAGAAUAGUUACUAUAUUUCACCUUCCAUGGAAACGCUUGGUAAUAAAUCAUUGAUCGAACUUCGUAAGAUAAACAAUUUAAUCAUUGGCCACAGAGAUUAUGGUAAAGUUGAAUUUCUUGAGCCCGUUGAUUUAUCGAAUACUCCAUUAGAUACCUUGUGUGGUGACGUAGUUGUUUUUGGACUAAAAUCAUGUUCAAUAUAUGAAAAUAGUUCCAUCAAACCAAAAACAGGCGAAGGCAUUAAUGUACGAUGCAAAGUGACACUGUAUUCCUGCUUCCCGAUUGACAAAGAGACGAGAAAACCUAUAAAGAAUAUUACACAUCCUCUUUUGAAAAGAAGUAUUGCGAAAUUAAAAGAAAACCCUGUAUACAAAUUUGAAAGUUAUGACCCUGUGACAGGUACCUAUUGUUACACUGUAGAUUCUCCCGUUUCUCUUUAA